AGGCGAAAGGGCAGAACGGGGGGAGCAAGGCGAGAAGAGAUACGGGUGGGAGGCACAAAGCAGGCCCCGCGAUACAGUUAGCGGAGGGGUUGAAAGGGGGAAGCCUUUUGUCGUGGCGCCCAGUGGGCGGAGCCGAGCCGGACGGAUCCUGCGCGCGCCCCUCCCAGGAGCUCGGCGGGGGAAGGAAAGAAGCUGUCAGAGGCCUUGUAGACCCGGCGGGGCAGUGGUUGGAGCGCUGGCUGGGUAAUUCGGCGGUCCCGGUUCCAGUCCCCGUGAAGCUUACUGGGGAUUCGCGUCAGUCAGUCCGUCCCAGCCCAACCCACCUCACAGGGCAGUUGUUAUGGGGAUAAGGGGAAGAGAACCAUGCAAGUUGCCUUGGGUUCCUCACCAGAGUGGAUUUCGGAGAGCAUAAUUUAGCCUACAUGUUCUUCUCUGCUUCCUGGAAGAAUGGCAGAUGACAAAGAUGUGCUUAGAGAUGUGUGGUUUGGGCGAAUACCAACCUGUUUUACAUUAUAUCAAGAUGAGAGUACUGAAAGAGAAGCUGAACCUUACUAUCUGCUUUUACCUAGAAUAAGCUAUCUGACACUAGUAACGGACAAAGUUAAAAAACAUUUUCAGAAGGCUAUGAGGCAAGAGGACAUUGGGGAAAUAUGGUUUGAAAAUGAAGGCACACCACUGAAAUGGCAUCAUCCUAUUGGUUUACUUUUUGACCUUCAUGCAUCUAAUACAGCCCUUCCAUGGAACAUCACAGUACAUUUUAAGAACUUUCCAGAAAAAGAUCUUCUACACUGCCCUUCUAAGGAUGCAAUAGAAGCCCAUUUCAUGGCUUGUAUAAAAGAAGCAGAUGCCUUGAAGCACAAGAGUCAAGUAAUCAAUGAAAUGCAAAAAAAGGAUCAUAAACAACUUUGGAUGGGAUUACAGAAUGACAAAUUUGACCAGUUUUGGGCCAUAAACAAGAAACUCAUGGAAUACCCUCCAGAAGAUAGUGGAUUUCGCUAUAUCCCAUUUAGAAUAUAUCAGGUAACAAGUGAACGACCUUUUAUACAGAAGUUGUUUCGUCCUGUUGCUGCAGAUGGACAGCUGCAUACACUGGGUGAUCUCCUGAAGGAAAUUUGUCCUUCUGCAAUUAAUCCUGAAGAUGGUGAAAAGAAGACUCAAGUGGUCAUUCAUGGUAUAGAACCAAUGUUGGAAACACCAGUACAGUGGCUAAGUGAACAUAUGAGUUAUCCCGAUAAUUUUCUUCACAUCAGUAUUAUCCCCCAACCAGCUGAUUGAAGGUUUGGCCUGUAUGUAUGAGAAUCAGCCUUUGACAAACAAUAACAAAACUGACUCACCUGGGUGAAGAUAACCUGGCCAGAGAUCUUUGACGCUGCAAGCAGAACAGGAAGAACAAUCCUUCACGUGAUAAGUGCAGUUGAACUAGCUGUAUUUUGUAUCAGCCCCAUUGUCUCCUGCCAUCUUUAACUUCAUAUGUGACAUGAGAAACUUUAUAAGCUGCUUCAAGUCUUCUAUUUCUAAUUAAAAAUAUGAAGCUAAGAGCAUGAGGAAUACAUAGAAAUAUGUGCCACUUUGUAUUUCUUAUUAAUCAAUAAACAGGGGUAUUUUCUGAAA